GGAAAAGGCAGCCGUGAAGGAGGGUUUCCUUCGGCGCAGUGCUAUUCCCGGCGUCAUCGGAUGCGUGGACGGCAGCCUCAUAGCCAUUAUCGCGACCAAGGGUGAGCGCAACGCUGAGUUCAUGUGUUGCAAGGGAUACUACGCCCUCAACUGCAUGUUCGUAAAAAAAACCUCACGUUUUCUGGUGCAGAUUCUUUUUGACAGUUAUGUUGCUCUUGUCAACGGGCACUUUCUCUGUUCAUAUUUUGCCGCCGAUCUGUGACGCGGACGCGAAGAUCCUGGCCGUGGACCCUGUGCGACCGGGGUCGGACCACGACUCGUUCGUGUGGCGCAUGACAUGGCUGCACCGGCGGUUCAAAGUGGGGCGCAUCACGAAUCCCGGGGUGACAGUGGCUACCGCUUGGAGCCGUGGCUCCUGACCCCAGUUCCCGGCCAUCCUCCAGUGCAGACAGCCAAGGGGCAGUACAACACAGGACAUGCCGCCAUGCGUUCCGUAGUGGGGAGGUGCAUCGGGCUCUUAAAGAGCUGCUUCCGCUGUCUUCAGCGAUACCGCACCCUCCUCUGCGAGCCCGAACGCGCGGCCAACAUUGUCGCGGCAUGUGCUGUGUUGCACAACCUUCGCCUUUCUGAGGGCGACAAAGAAUCGGACGAUGACAGUGAUGACGACGGCAGGAGCAGCAGUAGUAAGCUCGACGGUAACGGCGACCCCAUUCCACAUGGUCUGCCCCAAACACGGGGUCUAGGAUGCACUAUUUGAGAGGGCGGGCUGUUCGAGACACUGUUAGUGGCGUGUUC